UCAGUCAGAGACAUGAGCUUCAACUGGUUAGAGCGCAAGGAAGAUGACAACGGGCACAGUACUUGAGCAUUCGGAUAAUCUGCUGAAUCGCAGAAAUCGUCAUCAGUUCCUGGCCACGUUUCUAGUGAACUUUUCGACUUUUGCUCAUGGCAUUGGCAUCGGUUGGAUGUCGCCUGUGAUGAGAGCUUUGCAGACGCCCGACUCACCACUCAGCUUCGAGGUGUUUGUGGAGCAGAUUUCCUGGAUAGGGUCUCUGCUGGGCAUUGGCAGUGUUGUUGGUAACCUACUAGCUGGCCUACUGCAGGAUCGCAUAGGGCGAAAGCCCGUAAUGCUUGCUCUAACUGCGCCGUAUGUAUGUUUCUGGCUGUUGUCCUACUUCGCCCAGAGCGUGGAGUAUCUGUACCUUGCUCGUCUUUUGGCUGGCGUUACAGGUGGAGGAGGUUACAUUGUGCUGCCCAUAUUCAUCAGUGAAAUAUCAGAUGCCAAGAUACGCGGUCGCCUUGCCUCCAUGGUCAUGCUCUCUGUUAACAUGGGCAUCCUAAUGGGCUAUAUCUUAUCCACAAAUGUUGACUAUUAUCUGGCACCCUUCUUUGUCCUACCCCUUCCCAUUUGCUAUUUCAUUAGCAAUCUAUUUCUCCCCGAGACGCCGUUCCACUUGAUCAACAAAGGCAAAUUUGCUGCAGCUGAAAAGUCUUUUAGAUACUACAAAAAUAUCAGCGAGGAUGACAAAAGCUCCAUGCUGGAGUUCGAGGAUAUUAAACUGAAAUUGACCAAGGAGAGGGCUUUAAAUGUGAAUGCCUUCAAUUACAAAGACUUUGUGACUCCACGUGCCUUGAAGGCCUAUUCUAUAGCUAUUAUGCUGAUAUUCACGAAUCAAUUUACUGGCACCUUCUGCUUUGCUUCGUAUAUGUCGGAUGUUUUUGCUCUCUCACAUACCACCUUGGACAUAGGCAUGUGCACCAUUAUCAUCGGAGUCAUUCAGAUCGUGGGCACCUAUACGACCACAUUGAUAUGCGACAGAUUUGGUCGCAAGAUAUUGCUCUUGAUCUCCAGUCUGGGCUGUGGCAUUUGUCUGGCUGCCUUCGGCUCCUUCACCUAUUUUGCAGAGCGCUACGAUCUCUCCUCAGUUGGCUGGAUGCCUCUGCUGCUGUUAUCCUUGGAUGUGUUUGUUUGCAAUAUUGGUCUGGUGGGCGUCUUGUUUGUCGUGCUGGUGGAACUAAUGCCAGCCAAGAUCCGCUCAGUUGCUGUAUCUGCAUUUGUGAUCGUGCUUAGCAGCAUGGUUUUUCUGUCUCUGAAGAUCUUUCCACUCUGCUUAAAAUAUUGGGGCAUAUCGAUCACCUUGUGGAGCUCGAGUCUUGUUGCAUUUGUUGGCUUUGUCUUUUUUCUGUUCUUUCUGGAAGAGACUAAAGGCAAAUCAAUGCUGGAUCCUUGUUGCAAAAUGUUGCUGAAACUAUUUGAAAAUCCAAAUUGUUUGCUAAGCCGCAGAAAUCGAUAUCAAUUUCUAACCACGCUGUUAAUAAAUCUGAUUUGCAUUUCUCAUGGCAUUGGCGUGGGCUGGCUGUCGCCCACCUUACGUAAGAUACAAUCAGACGAGUCGCCUCUCGAGUUUUCGCUGAGCAUCUCGGAAAUCUCCUGGGUGGGCGCCGCCUUAGGCUUAGGCACUGUACUGGGUAACAUCUUGAUGGGAAUUAUUCACUCGUGGGUUGGCAGUCGCCUCUGUCUGCUAUUCAUAGCCUUCCCACACUCGUGCCUCUGGUUCCUGGUCUACUUUGCGAAGAGCACGGAAUAUCUGUUCAUCGGACGCUUCCUAGCUGGCAUUUCUAGCGGCAGCAUGUACAUUGUACAUCCGAUAUUCCUCAGUGAAAUCUCAGAUGCCAAAAUUCGAGGGACAUUUGGUUCUAUGGUCAUGGUCUCGGUAAACGUGGGCGUACUCCUGGGCUACAUAUUGGGCACCCAUCUGGCCUAUCACAUAAUUCCAUUCGUUGUGCUCAUCUUACCUGUUAGCUACUUCAUUUCUAAUCUCUUCUUCAUACGCGAAUCUCCGAUGCAUCUCAUCCGCAAGGGCAAGUACUCGGAGGCAGAGCAAUCCUUCAGGUACUAUAAGAACAUCAAGGAAGAGAAUCAGAUUAGCGAAAUGCCUGAAUUCGAGGCUAUGAAGGAGACACUGACACAGAGCGAUAAGAACUCGGAUAAGCUCACCGUCAAGGACUUCUUAACUCGAGCUGCCAUCAGAGCUUAUGGCUCAGCUGCUGUUCUUGUUAUUGUGAAUCAAUUCAGUGGGCUCUUUGCGACGAUCAACUAUAUGUCGGACAUAUUUGCCAGGUCGGGCAGCACUAUGGACCCAAAUACCUGUACUAUAGUCAUAGGCAUUGCUCAGAUAUUGGGAACAUAUACGACAACCCUUCUCUGCGACAUUUGGGGUCGUAGAAUCCUGCUGAUAGUCUCGACAGCUGGGGUGGUCGUCAGUCUGACAGCCUUCGGUCUAUUCAGCUACUUCGCACAGUGGCACGACUUAAAUACGCGCCGAAGCAACGUCGACUGCACUUGUUGUCUGCGGCAUGUUCAUGUUUAUCAUGCUCAAAAUUUUUCCGCUGUGCAUGGAUCAAUGGGGUAUACCGCUGACGAUGUGGUCUUGUGGAGGCAUCACAGCAAUUUGCUUUGUUUACUUUCUCCUCUUCUUGAAGGAAACCAAGGGCAAGUCUAUGCUGGAGGACUGAAACCAACAAUCAACUUCGGAGUGGACUCAAGCACGGCUAAAAUCAUUUGAAGAAUUCUUGACAAA